UCGUACGUGUAGAGAGGUUGUCUGAUCUGGUCUAUUCGUCCUCCGCGGGUACAGCAGUGGUGCUGCUCCAGCGGGAUGAUUUUCCCAGCGGGACACGUGCCGGAUUUGCUGCUAAAAUUGUCCGAGUUUGGAGCCUGCACGUUCGAUCAGGGUGUCCAAAGUGCCCGACGACAUCAUUGGGAAUACAGUUUUGUAACGUUCUUAGUGCGAUUGAAGGGCAGUUUUGCGACCCUAUACUUCACACCCAGUCGAGCUGAAGGUAAGGAUCUUCCAAGCGAAGCCCAAUAUAUCUAGAUAUGGGCCGGUGGAUGAGAUCAUUUUCCUGCUGCUCCAUCACUCGACACUCUCCAUCUCGUAGCCGUUUGAACCCGAGAGCAGGGCCCUCCUCUAUCCCCUUCCACCGAGCUCUUUCUACAGCAAUAUGAUCGUUGGAAGUUGAAUUUCCAAUGAAGGAAGUUCUUGAAGGAAUCACUUUCCCAGUUCCCAGGCCCCCGCCCUCUCCGCCAGGCAGCCCGAGUCGAUCAUAAGCAGACUACUUGGAGGUCCUAGUCCUUUUUUCUUAGUACUACUAGUAGUACUAGUCUGUGGUUCAUGCUGUGGUUAAAGCGGUGGCUCAUCUUGUGGCUGACCACCUGGAUCAAGUCACUAGGAGAAGCAAAUGAGGUCUAUGUCAAGUUUAAGGCCCAGAAGGGAGAGGUCCACCGGCGCCACUAAGGAGAGGAGCAGGCGAGUGGCUGGAGCACGUUGGAAGCCGGAGGAAGACAAGAUCUUAUUGGCCCACGUGGCAAAGCAUGGCACCCAAAAUUGGUUACUUGUCAGAUCCAUGGGUCUGCUGCCCACACGGAAUCACAAGGCGUGCUGUAACCGCUAUAUUCUGCUCAAGAGGAAGCUGUCAAAGCUGGGUCGGCCCACACCACACAUGGACAUGGCUGCAAAAGCGGGGAUACCUUCUGUGCCUCCUGUGGUAACAGGGACUGCUGACGAUGGCUCGCCACGAGACAUGGCGAUGGCUGAGAAUGGGGGGAUGGCGACCGUACAAACUAUACUCACGAAUGCAGCUGCUGUGCCAACGAUGGCUGCUGUGCCAACGAUGGUAGCGAAUACUGGAAUGGGGACGGCAACGACAAUGCAGCCGAUUGCAGAGGAACGAGAUGGCUGUUCACUUUGCUGCUGUCAUAUGCAGCACACGCCGUGUCAUCAGCAGCACACACCGUGUCAUCAGCAGCACACACCACCAGAUCAGCAGCAGCACAGACCGUGUCAGCAUCAGCACACGUCAAGCCAUCAACAAAACGACAGGGAAACUGACAUGGCUACGAGAAUCCCAAUGGUGCUGGGGGUGCAGACCUCAACCGCAGCUGCAGAAACAGAGGGCUCGUGCAAGAGAGCUUCUGGCGAGCGACUUGCAUCUGCUACAAGUGAUCUCCAGAUUGAAGCAGCACUGAUAGUAAUGAGCCAAGCCAGUGUGGAGGAUGGAGCAGCAGAAGCAGCCAGCGAUGCUAUGAUGGUCGGACUUACAAGCCCAGCUGCAGCCACGGCCUCACACUCCGUAUGUUCGUCCGAGCAUUCGCUCAUUCCAGCAUCGCAAAUCAGCCGUUCAGCAUCAAACGAAAGCUUUCAAACUCCACAGCUGCACCUACCAGGAUCAGAGCAUUGCAUUUCUAUAUCGCCCUCUCAGCCCUCUCAACCACUUCUCCACGCCACAUCAGAGUCAUCGGCCUCACAACUGUUCGCUGCGCCUCUCCUUUCCCAUCAUCAUCCUCUUCUUCCUCUUCCUCUCCCUCUUACUCGUCCCCCAACUCUCCAUCUUCCUCCUACUCGCCCUCCCAAUCCUCCUCUUCCUAUCUCCACUCCUACUCUCCUGCCGACGCUCCCUCUUCCUCAUGGGAAAAUGGAUAAUGGAACCUCAUUUCUGGUCAAAGCACCUACGCAGGAAAUGAAGGGUGUUGAAACCGCAUGCUUGGUCGACUCCCCUAUGCAGGCCUUGGAGGCGAUCGAAGCUUUCCUACCUGAGCCGAGAGACUUUCAGAUGCCUCUGGAGGUGCCUCUGCAGGUGUCUCAGCAAGAGGACUCUUUGGGGGGAAUCAAGGCCCGCUGCAGUUUGCCAGCUGAGGAGGAUCAGAGGCAACUUGUCUGCCACGCAGCACAGGGAGCAGUCUCUGCUGACACCAGCCAUAGACAUCAGCCCCUACCUGUUGGAGGUGCUGCUGCUCAUGCGCCUCCUCCUCCCUCUGCUGAUGCCACUCGUUUUUCUACUGCUCCUUCUGCGUAUGCGCCUUUCCCCACUGCUCCUUCCCCCACUGCUCCUUCCCCCGCUGUUCCUUCCCCUACUGCACCUUCCCUCGCUGCUCCUUCCCCCACUACUCCUCCCACGGCUACUCUUUCUCCAAAUGCAUUUCUACUCGCCUUUGCCGAUUCGCUCUCUGCUGCUGCCAUACAUGCUGGUGCAGCUGGCUCGCUUGGAGCUGCCGUGACUCCGAGAGUCAGUUCUGAUUGGCCAGCUGCUGGUGUUGCCGUCGCAUCAACCGCUGCUGUUGACUUCGCGAUUGCAUCGAUUCUUAUUCAGGCAGAGCUGGUCAGAAUCAGCAAUGCCCGGAUGCUGCUAGCUCCUGUAGUACCUCCAACUUCAGCAACAGCCGUUCAGGUUGCCUCAGCACCCUCUCGCUGCCACCCAGCAAACACAGUGCACUCCUCUGCCUCUCUCCCGGUCUCUCUUUUCGCCCCUCUUUCUAUCACUUGUUCCACCCCGAUUUCCACUCCUCCUGCCCCUCUUUCCACCCCACUUUCUGCUUCACAACCAACAUUGCGGUCCAGAACACCCGUUCUUCGUAUUCCACCUUUAUCACUACCACCUGCUGCUCCCCCCUCUGCUGCUGCUCCUCCUGCUGCUGCCCCUCGUCAACCUCUUCCUCCUCCUCCACCCGCUGCUGCUGCUGCUGCUGCUGCUGCUGCUGCUGCUGCUACGUCUUCCACUACUGGUUCACGGUUUCUGGAGCCAUCUAGCUCUGCUGCUGUUGCUUCAUCAGAUGGCCGUGCUGCUGAUGGCGGUGCUGCUGAUGGCGGUGCUGCUGAUGGCGGUGCUGCUGAUCGCCGUGCUGCUGAUGACCGUGCUGCCAAUGGCCGUGCUGCUGAUGGCCGUGCUGCUGUUGCUGCAGCAGAGGUGCGGCUGAAGCCAGAUGAGCUGUUUGAAGCGUGGUGCAACGGGUCCUUCUCCAGGGUUCUCCACAGCAUCUGACAAAAACUUUGCCCAUUCACAUGAUUUCGCGUGAUUUCUGAAUCUCCACAGCAACGAAAUGGUGAUUUUUGAACGCGUUCAUCUACACCUUGCAUCAGACGCGCAUUGGAAAACGCCCAGUUCAGCUCAGUCCGAGACGACUUGAGCGAGCGUGGUGCACUUGGGCAGUAUCAAGGUAACCAUCAUCAUGCAGGAUGGCAUGUACCCUGCCCACUUUCCUUCAAAGUUAGAGUGCAAUAGAAGCUCGAUCCGCUUGCCUAUGGUACCAGUCUUUUCUGCAGCAUGGCGAUGCAUAGAUGAUUAAUAGAUACCAUGUGUUGAGCUGAGAAUAGCCCAGGGAUCUUUUCAGAAGUCCUUGUAUCAGAGUGCUUGAUAGCACAGCGGAAGUCUUGAUGGAACCCUUGAAUUGGUAUGUGAGAGCAAGUGUUUGAUUAUAGCAA